AUGGAGUACGUGAAUAGAGACAAGAUCCAGGAUAUCACAAACAAAGUGCUUCAUGUACUUGUGGGUAUUCAGCUUUUGUUUGUGUCGAUGAUUCGUCGAAAGACCGCGAAGCUUUUGAUGGGGGUAUUUGUGAUCAGUUUCUUACUUAUCAACUUACCUCAGAAAAAUUAUGAGCAGAUCGUCGGUAAAGAAAACGUACAUUAUAUCAAGGACUAUUACAAUACCUGGAACAUCAGACCAAAUGAUGAAUUCAAUGCCCCAACUUUACCAUAUGACGUUGAUUUGUCCAAGGAAAAAACCGUGAAUCCAAAAUACAAGGAACAAUCACUUUUCAACAGUGAUCACUCUGUCAAUAUGAAAUAUUUCAAAACUUUUAAAUAUCAUGAAGAUGAUAUCACUCCAAAGGCUAUUUUGGAACGUAACGACGCCCUUUAUGAAAAAGUGAUGUCUCACAAGAUCAACGAACCAAGAGUGGAUAACUUGCAACGUCCUGACGUGAAUUACAGAAGAGCUAAUGCCACAUUAAUGUCACUUGUGAGAAACAGUGAAAUUGAUGGGUUGGUGGACUCUAUGAGACAAGUUGAAGCGCAUUUUAACAAGAAGUUCCGUUACCCGUGGACCCUUAUGAACAAUCGUCCUUUUGAAGAAGAGUUCAAACGUCGUGUGCUCGCGGAAACUGAUGCCCAAGUUAACUUUGUGGUGAUUCCUCCAGAACUUUGGGAUAUUCCUCCGCUGAUUGAUAUUGAGAAAAUGAAUGCUGGGAUGAAGAAAUUGGCAGAUCAAGAUUUGCCAUACGCCACGCUCGCCUCGUACCGUAACAUGUGUCGUUUCAACUCGGGUACUUUUUACAACGUCCCAGAAAUGCAACAGUACAGAUGGUAUUGGCGUGUUGAGCCAUCGGUCAACUAUUUCUGUGAUAUUGAUUACGAUGUUUUCAAAUUCAUGGAGGAUAAUGGCAAGACUUAUGGGUUUGUCGCCACUUUGUACGAAAUUGCCGAAACCAUCCCAACCUUGUGGUCUACCAGUCUUGAGUUUGUCAAAGAAAACCCACAAUACCUUAAUCCUAACGGGGCCUUUGAUUGGUUACUCAAUGACAACCAGUUGCCUGACAAGGCCAAGUUGGCAAAAGGUUACUCCACCUGUCAUUUCUGGUCGAAUUUUGAAAUCGGUGACAUGGAUUUCUACCGUGGUGAAGCGUAUUCCAAAUGGUUUGACCAUUUAGAGAAAGCUGGGGGUUUCUAUUACGAACGUUGGGGUGAUGCUCCUGUUCAUUCGGUUGGUUUAGGGUUAUUUGCCGAUAAGUCAAAGAUCCACUGGUUUAGAGAUAUGGGAUAUCAUCAUCCUCCAUAUUAUCACUGUCCAACAAGUGACAAAUGUUCAGGGUGUACUGCUGGGUUAUUUACUCCUCAUGAAAACAUUUUGGAUCAAAACUGUAAUCCUCAUUGGAUUAGAUUCUCCAUGACAGAAAAGGAUUUGGAACUUUAUUGA